AUGCACAAAAUUUUUUUAUUUUUAUUAUUAUUUUUUAUUUUUAUAUUUAAUGUUUCAUUGGUCAGUUGCCAAUCAUAUAUAAUAUUAAAUGAAGAAGAGUUAAGAAAGGUUCCAAGUGUUUCAAAAGAUAAUUAUUGUGAUUAUGAUCUUCAAAUUUUAAUUGAGGAUUUCUCAACAUAUCAAUACUUGAGAAUGUCAUCAAAUAAUUAUUCGGAUAUCGCCAAUGUUUAUCCAUCCUCUUUUAAUCAAACUCACACUUUAUUUAAUCCAAUUUUUCAAAUCGUUACAGAAAAAGAAAUAACUAUCAAUUUAAAUGUCGCAAGAGAAGAUUCAAAUAUGUUUGAUUUCACAAUCAAAUUGGUUUGUAAAGAUAUAAAUUUUAAUCAAUUAGAAAUUUCAUUGUUACAAGAUUUCAAACCUCUUUAUCAAUAUUUUGAGUCAUUGUGGCAAAUCAAUGGAAUUGAUUAUCCAACUUUAAAUGAAAUAACUUACUCCGAGGAUCAACUGACACAUAACACAGCAUUAAGAAAGGUUGAUGACAGCAUAUUUUCUUUGGUAUUAACUAAACCACCAUUAGAUUAUGAUGCAUCUACCAAUAAAUGGAAUGUUUAUUUAAGUUUUUUCAAUUCUUCUGGCAAUUCAAUGGGAUAUCUUUUAUUGAAAGUUAAUAACCCCUUUAAAGAUUACAACGAUAACUUUGUUUCUUCAGUUACACAAUAUCCAAAUUUUUCACCAAGUAAUAAUAUUGGGUUUUUUUCAACUCCAAUCAUUGGUUUUAAAUAUACAAAUCCAAAUAAAGUUUUAAAUCCAUAUUUUACAGUUUACGAAAAAUCUUAUGGUUAUUACUUCGAUUCACCAUUACCAGUUUCGGGUAGAGUGGGUGAUAUUAACUAUUUAUGCGAUACAUUUAUGGGUAUGGAUGAUUUGGUAUUAAAUGUUAUUGAAAUAUCUGUUAAUAAAAAUGGUCAGAGAACUGGUCUGCAGCCAAACACUAUAUUUAGUUAUCAGGGUAAUAGUUAA